AGGCGGAUGGCUGUGCGCUGCCUGCUCAAUGAGAGCAGAGGAGCGCUCCAGAGAUGGUUGCCCGCUCUUGGGGGACGAGACGGGGCUAACUUCGGCCGCCGCCGCGGGGUUGUCAACUGCAGCCGCCCUGCGAGGAGAGCCUCUGGGGAGACCCGGACUUCCUCACCCACUUUUGGGUUCCUCUUUGAUAUCGACGGAGUGCUUCUCCGGGGACAGUAUGUGAUUCCUGCCGCCAAGAAAGCCUUCCAGAAACUCACAGAUUCCACAGGCCAGUUCUGUGUGCCAGUUGCCUUUGUCACCAAUGCUGGGAACUGUUCUCGUGAUGGCAAGGCCGAAGAGCUGUCCAACGCUCUGGGAUUUAAGAUUUCUCCCGAACGGGUGAUCCUCUGUCACAGCCCUUUGCGCCUUUUCCACAAGUUCCAUGACAAAUGCAUGCUGGUGUCUGGCCAGGGCCCCGUGGCACAGAAUGCCAGGGACCUGGGAUUCCGGCGCAUUGUUACCACUGAAGACGUAAGGAAGGCGUUUCCUUUGCUUGAUAUGGUUGAUCAAAGCCGAAGGCCAAAAGAACUGCCUCCUCCCACCACUGAUUUCCCCACCAUAGAGGGGGUAAUCCUGUUCGGGGAGCCAAUCCGGUGGGAAACUUGCCUGCAGCUGAUUAUUGACGUGCUCCUGAGCAAUGGGAACCCAGGGGCCGAGCUCUCUGCUGUGCCAUACCCACAUCUGCCUGUCCUGGCCUGCAACAUGGAUCUCUUGUGGAUGGCGGAAGCCAAAAUGCCAAGAUUUGGCCAUGGCACUUUCCUUAUGUGCCUGGAGAGCAUCUACAAGAAAAUGACGGGCAAGGAGCUGAAGUACGAGGCCCUGAUUGGCAAGCCCAGCACCGUCACUUACCGCUAUGCUGAACACAUUAUCAAGCAGCAGAUGGAGAGUCGUGGCUGGGUGUCUCCUCUGCGCCAUCUGUAUGCCGUUGGGGACAACCCAAUGGCUGAUGUUUACGGUGCAAACCUUUACAACCGUUACCUCCAAGCUCAUGCUGAAGUAAAUGUGACUGCGAUGACCGCCGAUACCCAGGGCAACGAAUGCCCCGAGCUGAAGAAAGAUUCUGCUGUCUCGCUCAGCUGCAUGCCAAGCUGCCAGUCUAUCCUGGUCUGCACUGGGGUUUACAAUCACCAUGGAGAUGUGCCCGCUGACUGUAACGUGAGCAUGACGGAGACGAUAUUCCACGGGCACCGGGACUUCCAUUUUGACCCCAGCCUGGUAGAGGCUUCUCACAUUGUGCGCGAUGUGGAUGAUGCUGUAGAACUUGUCUUUCAGAAAGAGAACUGGAAAAGGGAGUGACGCACCCGCUGUUUGCAACUAACUUGGGGACGCGAGGAUAGAGCUCAGUUUGUUCUUUAACCUGAGCCAAAGUAAAGGAAGAUUCUGCACAUUUCUUUUUUGUGGGAUUGUAAAAAACAAAAAAAACCCCUGCCCUAACCCGGAUAGCCCAGGCAAGCCCA